CGGGCCUCAGGACGGGACGGGGCGGAGGGAGGGAGGGAAGAAGGGGCGCCUGUGGCGGGCGGGAUUCUGCGAGGCGCGUGAAGCCUCGCUGGCUCCUGGUCCAGGACCCAGACGCUGGCAGGCUUGGAGUUUCUCACGACCGGCCGAGCCAGGCUCUGCUACCUACAUUUCAGAAAGCAUCAACCUUUCUCAAUGGACGCGUUCAUCAAGUGGAAUAUACCUGUUCUAUUUUAAAAAGCUUUGUGCUUAAUCUUGGAAAAAUUUACUCCUUCAAAAUGAAAAUGAGGACAUGUGAGAAGGUGAUUUAAGGUGUGGACAUUUGAGAAAGUGUCCCGUUAGAUCAGUGAACCAAAGGAUACGAACUGAAUAGAUUAAUCCUAAACACUUUAAUUUUUAAACUAGGAGGAUUUUGACAGAAAAACAACUCUUAUUCAUUAUGUAUUUUCUGAAAUUAAAAGAGAGCGACAAGAAUAGACUUAAAAUAGGUGAAGAUGUUUAGUAGAUAAACAAUGCCAGCUGUCUUCUGAUGAGGAUAAUUCAGUGAUGUUAAAUCCUUCCCAAAACCCUGGUUGUGGUCCUAACAACAAGACUUUUUUGAUGGGACUGAUAUUAAGGGAAGUGGAACCUUUGGUAUAGUCAACUCAGAGUUGUAGAACUUGCCAUCAUCAGCAUGAGUGGCUUAAAGGAGGAAAUAAAGAAGCUUUCAACUAAAUCCAAAACUACAGUCAUUUCUUUACCGCUGUGAUUUUAAGGCCUCUUCAUAACCAUUGAAAAAGAAUUGACAACUGUUUUAAAAGAUUAAAGAAAGGCAGAUGUCUGCAAACAGUUCUCCUCCAUCAGCUCAGAAGUCCGUAAUACCUGCCACUCUUCCUGCUGUGCUCCCGGCUCCGUCUCCGUGUUCCAGCCCUAAAACGGGACUCUCCGCGCGGCUCUCUGAUGGCAGCUUCAGGGCGCCGUCACUCACCAACUCCAGAGGCUCAGUGCACACAGUCUCAUUUCUGCUGCAGAUUGGCCUUACACGGGAGAGCAUUACCAUCGAAGCCCAGGAACUAUCUUUGUCUGCUGUCAAGGACCUUGUCUGCUCCAUUGUUUAUCAAAAGUUUCCAGAGUGUGGAUUCUUUGGCAUGUAUGACAAAAUUCUUCUUUUUCGCCAUGAUAUGAACUCAGAAAAUAUUCUGCAGCUCAUUACCUCAGCAGAUGAAAUACAUGAAGGAGACCUAGUAGAAGUUGUUCUUUCAGCUUUGGCCACAGUAGAAGACUUCCAGAUUCGUCCGCAUACUCUCUAUGUGCAUUCUUACAAAGCACCUACUUUCUGUGAUUACUGUGGUGAGAUGCUUUGGGGAUUGGUACGCCAGGGACUGAAAUGUGAAGGCUGUGGAUUAAAUUAUCAUAAACGAUGUGCCUUCAAGAUUCCAAAUAACUGUAGUGGUGUAAGAAAGAGACGUCUCUCAAAUGUAUCCCUGCCAGGACCUGGCCUCUCAGUUCCAAGACCCCUGCAGACUGAUUAUGUAGCCCUUCCCACUGAAGAGUCACAUGUUCACCAAGAACCUAGUAAGAGAAUUCCUUCUUGGAGUGGUCGCCCAAUCUGGAUGGAAAAGAUGGUCAUGUGCAGGGUGAAAGUCCCACACACGUUUGCUGUUCACUCAUACACCCGUCCCACGAUAUGUCAGUACUGCAAGCGGUUACUGAAAGGCCUCUUUCGCCAGGGAAUGCAGUGUAAAGAUUGUAAAUUCAACUGCCAUAAACGAUGUGCAUCUAAAGUACCAAGAGACUGCCUUGGAGAGGUUACUUUCAAUGGAGAACCAUCUACUUUGGGAACAGAUACAGAUAUACCAAUGGAUGUUGACAGUAGUGACAUGAACAGUGAUGGUAGUCGGGGUUUGGAUGACACGGAAGAACCAUCUCCCCCAGAAGAUAAAAUGUUUUUCUUGGAUCCAUCUGAUCUUGAUGUGGAAAGAGACGAAGAAGCUGUUAAAACAAUCAGUCCAUCAACAAGCAAUAACAUUCCGCUGAUGAGGGUCGUCCAGUCCAUCAAGCACACAAAGAGGAAGAGCAGCACCAUGGUGAAGGAAGGGUGGAUGGUCCAUUACACCAGCAGGGACACCCUGAGAAAGAGGCAUUAUUGGAGACUGGACAGCAAAUGUCUUACACUGUUUCAAAACGAAUCUGGAUCAAAGUAUUAUAAGGAAAUUCCACUUUCAGAAAUUCUCCGCAUAUCUUCACCACAAGAUUUCACAAGCAUUUCACAAGGCAGCAACCCACACUGUUUUGAAAUCAUCACUGAUACUAUGGUAUACUUUGUUGGUGAGAACAAUGGGGACAGCUCUCACAAUCCUGUUCUUGCUGCCACUGGAGUGGGACUUGAUGUAGCACAGAGCUGGGAAAAAGCAAUUCGCCAAGCUCUCAUGCCUGUGACGCCUCAAGCCAGUGUCUGUACUUCUCCAGGCCAAGGGAAAGAUCACAUCCCCAGAGUGAGGCUCCACAGUCAAGUCUCCCUGCAUUUAAAUCUUGGCUCUGCUGACCUGUUAUGUGAUCUUGAAGAUUUGUCUACCAGUAUCUCUGUAUCUAAUUGUCAGAUCCAAGAGAAUGUGGACAUCAGUACCGUUUACCAAAUCUUUGCAGAUGAGGUGCUUGGUUCAGGCCAGUUUGGUAUUGUCUAUGGAGGAAAACACAGAAAGACUGGAAGGGAUGUGGCUAUUAAAGUAAUUGAUAAGAUGAGAUUCCCCACAAAACAGGAAAGUCAGCUCCGUAAUGAAGUGGCUAUUUUACAGAAUUUGCACCAUCCUGGGAUUGUAAACCUGGAAUGUAUGUUCGAAACCCCGGAACGAGUUUUUGUAGUGAUGGAAAAGCUACAUGGAGAUAUGCUGGAAAUGAUUUUAUCUAGCGAGAAAAGUCGACUUCCAGAACGAAUAACUAAAUUCAUGGUCACACAGAUACUUGUUGCUUUGAGGAAUCUACAUUUUAAGAAUAUUGUGCACUGUGAUUUAAAGCCAGAAAAUGUGCUGCUUGCAUCAGCAGAGCCAUUUCCUCAGGUGAAGCUGUGUGACUUUGGGUUUGCACGCAUCAUUGGUGAAAAGUCGUUCAGGAGAUCUGUGGUAGGGACGCCAGCAUAUUUAGCCCCUGAAGUUCUCAGGAGCAAAGGUUACAACCGUUCCCUAGAUAUGUGGUCAGUGGGAGUUAUCGUCUAUGUGAGCCUCAGUGGCACGUUUCCUUUUAAUGAAGAUGAAGAUAUAAAUGACCAAAUCCAGAAUGCUGCAUUUAUGUACCCACCAAAUCCAUGGAGAGAAAUUUCUGGUGAAGCAAUUGAUUUGAUAAACAACCUACUUCAAGUGAAGAUGAGAAAACGUUACAGCGUAGACAAAUCUCUUAGUCAUCCCUGGCUGCAGGACUAUCAGACUUGGCUCGACCUUAGAGAAUUUGAAACUCGCAUUGGUGAACGUUACAUUACACAUGAAAGUGACGAUGCCCGCUGGGAAAUACAUGCAUACACACACAACCUUGUAUACCCAAAGCACUUCAUUAUGGCUCCCAAUCCAGAUGACAUGGAAGAAGAUCCUUAGUUACCAAUGAGCUAACUUCAAUAAGGAAGCAUUUCAUGUUAUGGACUGGCAUUUUGCUGCAUAACUGUUGUUCUCUGUAUGCUGUCAUCUGAAAGGAUGCAAAGAUAUGGAAAACAUAAGGAAUCAGUGACACCAAUACUGUAGUUCAUACUGAGGAGGUACAAGAGGGUAAACUGAGUCAUAAAAACACAUAAUGGAAUCCAAGACGAAGCUUUUCAUAAACUUCUACAACAUAAGCAAUGACUGGUUUUUGUAUUUUUUCCUUACCAUUCAUUUUAGUACAAUAGUGGCACUUAAUUUAUCUUCCCUUUCCUGUUCUUACAUUAUUUUUUUUUUAAAGGAGAAAAAAGGCAAGCUAGAGUCCAGUUAUUGCAUAGCUUGAUCAAAUCAUAUAAGAGUUAAACAGUUUAUAACUAAACAGAUUUGCAUUUAUGAGAUAACUGAGAGGCUACCAACAUGCCAUUUCCUAUAUUCUUUAAAAAUGUGUCUAACUGACCACAGAGGCACUGAGGGGUUUUUCCUAGAUGCCUAGAAAGGGAGUGAUGAACGUGUUUACCCUUCUCUUUUAGGUCAGUUAAACUUCAACAAUAGUAUCACUCUCACUUCUUUGGGGUUGAAAUUCUGAAUAUGCUCUUUAGAACAUGAAAAGUUGUCACCUUUUGUUUGUAUGUCUCAACAGCCCCUAAGAUUGUUUAGGACAACUGAUACACAAAACCAGCGGUAGGGACUGCUGGUCUAAGUGCUGAGUUGUUACAUACAUCUUCCUAUAGUUCAACUCUGCUGCUAAAUAUUCACAUUCCCAUUGAUGCUGUUGUGAUGCCACAAUUAGAUUCCAACAUUUAAUGGGUAUAGAUCUGAACUCUAAUCACACAAUUUCUCUUUACAUGGGACUGUAUAAUUUAAGGAAUAAAAUUAAAUACACGCCAAAAGUAGGGACAAUGCAGGGUCAGUUAAUGCUACAGGAAAGAAUAACAAUAUUCUUUUUUUCUUCCCUUAGCUUAUUGGAAGGCUUUACAGAUAUCUGGAAUGUUUUUAAAUCAAUUAUUUUAAGCAGUUUAGGGGAGUGGGUAGGGUGGAGCAUGAAACAAUUUAUAAAGAGUAGGGCUGUAUUAUCAGCUGAGCAAAUGAAAGAAUGAAAUAAGUAUUUUUAAAAACACUGCAGCUCCAGCAGCCAACUAGAGACAGUUUUUGUACCCUAACAUCAUAUUUAAGAGGUUAGACUUUUUCAUAGCUUUUAAAAGUUACUAAUAAAAAAAAAAGUUACUAAUAGUUUCCCCCCCCCAAAAGUUAAAGAUCUAGGUCCACUUAUAAAAAAUCUAGGGGCUUUGUGUUUCUUGAUUCCUAAAUAAUCACUGUAAAUGUUUUUUCCCCUCCAAAAAGAAAAAAAGAUGUGAAGCCCAAAAAUCUGGCUCUGCUCUUUAACUAUGUUGACCUCGGCAGGUAACAACCUGACUGGGCUUUGAGCUCCUCAAUCUGUAAGAUAAAGAUUAUAAUUCUUGCCUCUGUCUUCCUCGAUGUUGUUGUGAAGAUCAGAUAUUUAUAAGCUAAAAGUUAUAAAAGUGUUAAGUAACAUUGCCCAUGGAAUUUGAGAUAGCAGAAGAAAAGAAUGUUCUUGUGAACAGAAUGAGAGGGCCUUCAGAGAUCCCUGAAGCUACUCCCUUGUGUCGGGCUAAAAAUACCCCUGAGAGAAUGAAAGCAAACACCAGUGCUCCUCUGUUCUGAGCUCUUUACAUGUUUUUCCCUCACAGUAGACAUGGGUAAGUCAUUACAAACUUUGUCUCACAGAUAAGGACAGUGAGGCAGAGGAAAAUUAACUAGCUGCCUAAGGUCACACAGUUAGGAUGUGGGUUUGAAUCCAGGCAGUGUGUCUUCAGAGUCGUCCUUACUGCUAACCUUUCUGCUAUACUGCCUACCGUUAGAUAUUCCCAGAAGACACUCCAGUGUCUCUCAGUAUUUCAUUCUCAUACAGGAAUUUCACUCUCAUACAGGAAUUUUAAAAACUAAAAGCAAAUUAAUUAUGCAGAACCUUUGGGAAAUGUAUUUUCCCUGUGAUGGGGGUAACUUCCCCUAAUUUCUCUAAGUCUGUUUAUACAAUCAGUGUGCUCAAAUGAAGUAAUUUCUGAGUUACUACGCACCCUAUUGUGGUUUUACUGCAUAAGAUGAAAAUUAACUGGAAUGCUGUUUGCUAUACUUACAUAAUAAAACUUUACAAGCCAUAAAAUUUAUUGCACUCUUUGUUUUUGUUAUUGAGAAGUUUUCUUAGAAAAAAUUGUAAAGGCACUGUCAGAUAAUUUGGAAUUGAGUAAUUUUCUCCAGUUACUGUAUAACCUACAUAACCUUUUUUGUCUUGAAGUCAUCAUGUUUGUAUAAGAAAUAAUUGUUAGAAACAUUUGAUAAUGUAUACAAAGUCUAUAAUGACACUGUUUAGUACAUUUUUAAUUAUAUCCCACUUUUUGUAAAUAUCCUCAAAGAAGUUUGAUAAUAAAAUUUAUUUCCAUAUCACUGUACUUUUCCAUGUGAAAACCUGAGCUAGUAGAGGAUGUAUCCAAAGAAAAUUGUAUUUGGUUGUGUUAUUUUCCCAGGCUUUGGUAAGAGAACUGUUUUGGAAAUAGUAUUUGUAAAUGAAACUAAUGCUAUAUUUAAGAACACAGAUUUUUUUUUAUCUGACUAAAAUAAAAAACAACUCAUUAUUACAAUUUCAUACAAAA